UGUUAAUUUACAUGAAGAACGCAUCACGAAACUUGAUCUUGGACGAUAAGUGGAAAUCAUGGCUGUGAAGCAGUUUGUUUCAGCGCUUCUGUUUAUUUUAUUUCUUGUGCCAAAAAGCAGCGCCUAUCUCGAUGAAGAAUCUUCCACCAGGAUAAUAGAUGGGCUUAUUGUUAGGUUCGCGGAUGGGUUGGCUGGAAAAGACAAGUGUGGGUCAAUAGAUCUCCCAGAAAGCUGCACCAUAACAGGCGACUGUUCUCAGAUCACGUGUUCCUCGUCCUUUGGCGGGGAAAGUAGUUCUCUGACAGUUAAUAUUAACAGAUGCGAUGAACCAGUCACCGUGACCAUCAAUGUGAAGGUCAGAGAAGAAGAUAUCGAUUGGACCCAUGUCUUCACUUCCGGUGAUGAGCUUCCUGUCCCAGGGCUGAGAGAAGCAAAGAUCUUCGGAGCAGAAUUGUACAUCAAGGCUUCCAUAGAACCAAAAGACAGCACGUUAACUUUGAAGGUGACACUACGAGGAGGAACAAUGAACAUAGAUCUGAUCGAUCAAAAGCUGCCAAUUUCCACAGAUUACUGCGGUUUUGUUCGCUGGUGGGAGAGCCGUGACAACGCUGGACGCAUCGCGCUGCUCGUGGCGUCUGCAUUUGUGGCCUUGUCAAUCGUUUCUUGUUGUUUCUGUUGCGGAUGUUGUUGUUGCUGCCGUUGUUGCCGCAAGAAGAACUCUGGAAUUGUUUGAUCCUUCCCCCUCCCCCCCCCCCCCCCCCAGUCAGAGAUGGUUCUAAACUGCUCUACCUGGUCUUCAGUAAAACAAGUUUGCCGCUUUUAGAUACGCGUAGUGGUUACGUGACUAUACACUCCUUUGUUAUUCGCUACCGUGAAUUUACAGUCAAAACGCAAUCAUGAUACUAUAACCUGAUUAUAAAGAUGGCCACUAAAUGUCGUAGUACCUAGUAAAAGUCGGUUCCAUGCUAAGUCGUAACUCUCUCAGUCUCAGUCACGUUGUGCAAAUAUAUUAGAAUGUUAGCUUGGCUCUAAGAGUAAGCGUGAUUUUUUUACCUCUUUUUUACGUUUUCAUUCGGGCGAACGCAAGCGUUAGGCGAGUGCAAAGAGGGGAUCACGCGUGGGAUGAAUUUGCGGUUUUUUUGCGUUCAUCCUCUCGCGCGUGACUUGCCAUUCGUGGUCGCUCCGCGCGUGCUUCUGCUCGUCUGAAAAUGCAAAACGUCAAUAAUAAUGAUAGUAACGAUAGGUUCAAGAUUUAUGUAGAUAAAAAAUGAUAAUGAUAACUUUGAUUUAAUAACUUAACAAUGUCAAAAGUACCUUUUUUCGAUAAGACUGUUGGUAGGAUUUUAAUUUUGAUGAAACUAUAACCAAGAGAAAGUAAAGAGUAUUUUUGGAGUCAACUUUUCAGUGAGUUAACAGUUAAUGUGGAUUGCUUAAAACGUACUGUAAGACGUUCUUCAUUUUUUUUUAUUAAAAAACCUUUCUACAGAAUAA